UGCUCGCGCAGUAGUAAGAGGUUUAUCGCCUCCCUCCGCUGCGGUGGUUAUCGCGGGACUGGAAUCGAGCCGGGAAACMGUGUCGGGAGUGAGGCUUGGGAGGAGGUGGAGAGACUCGUUCGCUUCGGCGGAUAAUCCCACAAUGGACGACAGCUCCGUCCGCAGGGAGGCAUGCCGUCCGAGGAGGGCGUCUGCCGCCGCCGAGCAGGGAGCUGACAACGUUAGCUCGGCCAUGGUAACGCCUGUCCGAAAAUACCUUCCUGUCGCGGGCAGAAUGAGCUCUGUCGCGGGGAGGAUGGAGCGGAGGCACACGACACCGCAAGUGGUCCACCAGCGGCAUAUGCCGAUGGAGCCAAAAAAAUUCCAUAUCCCGAGAAAAACGAAAGAAAAGAAAGCCCUGUUCCAGUUUGUCUCCACUGAGUCCAGGGAAUAUGAAGACAUGAAGACCAUUCUGCUCUCCGGCUACAUCGACACCAACUCUGCUGGCUGCUUUACCUACAGCAACCCUCAUCUCGUUCACAGCGAACUCCUGGAGAAAGAGUUUGUGGAAAAGAGGAAGGAAAUGAAGGCCGAUGGGAGAACGGAUAAGGAGUUGGAGGAGAGUUAUUGUUUCUUGCUCACCACAUCAGCCCAGCUUCCUGUUCUGUGUGAGAAAGGUUUGACUGUGGGUCAGAGCAGGAUCACUAUGCUGGGAGAUCCUAAGAAAGGAGUGUAUUUGUCAAAGUACUCCGAUCUGCUUCGGACGAACCCGUUCACCCCCGGAGCAACGGGGGAGAUCAUUAUCUUCAAGGUGAUGAAGGGAAAAGUUAAGAGCGUUUUUGAAAACACGAAGACACUUCAGGAUCCGACYCCUCGCUUCGACAGCCACGUGUCCAAAAACGCCAGCAAGGUGACCUCGCUCACCUGCCACUGCGCCUUUGAGUACACGCAGCAAUACUUCUACGAGUAUUUGUUCGCCGAGCCGCAGCAGCGCCCCCGACAAGUGUGUCCGUACGCCGURGUUUCCUUCCACUUUAAAGGAAAAGACGCUCCACUUCCCAGCAAACCUGCUGCACCCGUCAGGUUGAACAGUCAGCUGUCUGAGAGGGGCAAUGAGCGRGCUCAGUUCCCAGUGUGGACCGGAGAUUUAGUGAAAAAACACCGGGUUCUUUCCCACGUUUCUCUAAUGUCCAGCUCCGUCCGCUUUCUGCCUCACAAGCUACCAGAGAAGUUGGACGUUGGGUUUUUGAUGAGAUUCGAUCACGUGACCAGGCUCCUCCCCUCUGGCCUGCUGUCCUAUAAUCUGUACAARGGCAGCAAGGAAGUUGUGGCUGACGGUCAUCACUGCAGUCUUCUGGAGGUGGUGGACAAGAGUCAGUCCACAAUCAACAUGAAGAGACUGCUGCAGGAGCUGGAGACGAAGAGAGUGGUUCUAGUGAGUCCGCUUACAGAUAGAGGAUUUCUCUUCCUGCUGUCCAGCGCUCAGAUGUCCACAACUUCUGAGCGAGGAGAAACCUGGAAGAGGUGUCUGCAGGCCUUGUUUGUUUUCCCAGAAACCAGAGACGUGUCCGGGUUCAGGUCCCCUCCCUCCUUUUCUCCCUCCAAGUCAUUAAAGUCUGACGCCCGGGUGAUGCACCGACUGAAAGAGUUCAUCCCAGCUUUGCACCAGGCUCUGAUAAAAGUUAGAGUCAAACCCCCGUCGAACCUUUCAGCCGGCGUGGAGCACCAGAUAAAGGAGUACCUCAGUGGCUUGAAGGACAGCACCGUUCCGAUGCACGCCAUAGCCGAGUACGACCCCAUACUGGACGAGGAGGGGAAGCUGUCUCUGCCCAAACACCACCGGGUGAGCAUGGACAGCUACCUGCAGUCCUACCUGUCCAGCCCCGCCCCCUACCUGCUGUCAGUGUCACAAGCAGAGCAGGUGGUGCUGGCUCACUACGGCCCCGAGCGACCACAGGGGACCAGGAACAGCAGCAGAGGCCAGGUGGAGACGAGAGGCGACAACAGAGACAGACAGAAGAUGCAGCAGCUGUUCGAUCUCAUCAUGACCUGCAAGAGGAACGCAGAAAUGGAGGUGAGGAGGGAGGAAGGCGAGGGGACGAAAGCGCCGGAGAYGAAGAGAAAGAUGGAACAGGAAUCGGCAAAGAGAGCCCUGAAGUACUUCAAAGCAUCGCAGGAAACGGACCGACGCGACAGGGUUCCAGUCGGAGGAAACAAAGUCCCGACGRCUCCAUUUUCUUUUAUGUCUGUGAUCGGCUCGUUGGGUCUGAAGGAUUUGGAUCUGAGGGAGGACGGGUCAGAACCAAUGGCCAGUUUUAUCGUGCAGUUAAAAGGUCUCAUCCAAACUGCCAAUCGAAGUGAGGUGCAAGACGAAGGACAGAAGGAGUUGAGUCCGUUUGGCCGGCUGGCUACAAAGCUGGGUCUGCCCACGAACUGUGACGUAGACCUGAGGCAGCAGGAAGAGCUGGAGGAGCACACGGCGGGCAGCGUCGGUAGUGGUUCGGAGGGAUUUAGUCCCAGUUCACACAGCGGGGAGACAAAUCACCACUGUGCACCGGGCAGAGAAGGCAAGCCGGGGAGGAAAAGAGCGGCUAAUGAUGCAGAGAAGGAGGAGGAGUGGAAGAUCCCCUGGGUCCUUAUCCCCAUAACAGGUUUAUGCUCAGGGAGGUAUUCUCAGAGAGACAGGACCAUCCCCCAGGACCCCCGCUGUCAGCACCUCACUACAGCAACCAAACCUUCCAGGAAGAGCCCCGCCUUGUCUCCCGAGGGUAGCCCGUCUCCAACUACCACCCAGCAACCAUCCCCUGACCCCAGCCCGCCUCUUUCACCCUCUCAGUGUCCGUCCCCCGACCCCAGCCCACCUGCUUCGCCCUCACAGUGUCCGUCCCCUGACCCCAGCCCACCGGCUUCACCUUCGCAGUGUCCAUCCCCUGACCCCAGUUCUCCUGCCGUGUCCCCGUCACCUGAAACCAUGGCUCCUCCAGCACCCGCUCAGCGCCGGUCCCCAGAGUCUGCUGAGCCGAACUCAUUAAACAAGAACCACAGUGGAGCUAACACGCUACAGUUAGCCCCCGCRGUCCUCCAGGAGUUUCAAGGAGGGUUCGAAACAAAGCCUCAAUGGAUCAAAAUCAAGGAGGAGCCAUCAGGUGGUCCAGCUCCGGAGCUGAGGAACGCUCCUUCACCGCCACCCUCUGACCAGAUGAUGGAGUCAGAGGAAGCAGCAGAGCGGGUUCAACUGAAAAUAGAGCCUGGUUUGUGUCGGCAGCUAAAGGUGGAGCCGAAGGAGGAGGAAAUGUUGAUAGAUUUCGUCAAUGAACAGCAAAAAGAAGAAGUGUCCUCGACCACCGCCUGUCCUCUCGGAGACAUCGACAGCAUCGUGGACAAACAUUUGGGAGACUUCACCUCCGACGUGCAACUCCUCCUGCAGGAGGAGAGAGGGAGCUUCAGCUUCCCCCAGACCCCUCGCUCCUCCGCGAACARGGAGAACGCCGCCCCGCCGUACGCCACGCUGUCUCCGUUCUCACAUUUCGUGUCGUUUUACAACCCCUGUCCUCCGGUUCAGGACUACGUCACGUCUCUGAAGGAGAGCAUCAAAUGCGUGCUGGGAGAGCUGAACGUGAGCUCGCCCAAGCAGCAGGCCGACAGCAGCAGGGCGGACAUGGAAGAGACGCUGGCUCAGAGGAUCAACGACUUCGUGGCCAGCUCCAGAGUGGAGAGUUCUCAACGUGGAAGGAGCRGGGAGGUGUUUCAGCCGGCUGCUGGUGCUGAAUCACCCAUCACUCAGGCGUCCGUCUUCUCCAGAGUGGGCGAAGUCUGGCAGCCGGACAAUCCACACUGGACCCCUCUGUCUCCACAAASGUCUACGUCUGACCCAAACUCCGGGUUUGUCACCUACAAACCUGAAGACACCUUAGAGAUCUGCAGGACCAUCACUCAGAACGUGACAGAAGAGGARGCCGUGACGAGAACUGUGGUCUGCCCGGCCGACGAAGAGGCCCUAUUAGGCUCAAACUGCAUUGUGACAGUCCCGGGCUAUAGCAGCGCCUCAAACGCCCAGACUGAGCCAUCCCUGUCCUACGAGCCCGUCUCCAGCCCGAGCUCCGCCCUGGUCCAGGACGCCGGCUCAGAAGCCACCAAACACCUGAGCUCCGUCAUCAACCAGCUGAACCCGGACGUGCUCAACAACCUGGUGGAGAUCGCCAAAGACAUCAAGAGGAAGUCCCCGCAGUUCUACGUCCACUGCACAGAGCUGGGAGACCCGGUGUACGAGGAGGUCAAGGAACAUCUGUUGAAGCUGGGUAACGUGCAGCAGAGUCCCGUCGACUUUCUUCACAACGAAAACUCAGAAAAUGGUCUGCUGGUGAUCAUUAAGAACAAAGACACGGCAGGACAUAUACACAAGAUCCCAGGCCUCAUGUCGUUGAAGAGACACCCCUCUGUGGUGUUCGUGGGCAUCGACUCGCUGGACGACAUCAAGAACAACAGCUGCAUCGAGCUCUUGGUCUCCGGAGGCUGCAUCGUCUCGGACGAGUUGGUCCUCAGUCCGGACGUCAUCACUGACGACCGACUCGCCGCUUUGCUGGCUCUCCUGGAGCAGCACAGUUCUCCAGAGAGCGUCUGGAGGUGGAAGAUCCACUGCAAAACCCAGAAGAAACUGAAGGAGCAGGCCAGGUUCAGAAAAGACGCAGCCAACCUGCUGGAAAUUCUGUCGACCUAUCAGAAGCGUCAGAUCGUGGAGUUCCUCCCGUAUCACCACUGUGACUCGACCAACCACCAGUCUCCUGACCUGAACUGUCUCCUGGAGCUCCAGGCCCGAUACACACAGUUCAGACACACCAUCUACAUCACAGAACACCACUUUGAGAAGUUUCCCUCCUUCUCCAACGGGGGCAUCAUCGUGGCCAGCGUUGAAGAGGUUCUGCAGAACUUCACCGGACUGGUKGGGUGCCACGACAUCAGGGACAAGCAGUUACUGGUGGAGGAUCUGCUCGCUCCCAAAGGUCUCAGCGGGCAGGUGAACCAUCAGGACGCCAUCACCGGCUUUGAUCUCUSUCUCUCCACCUUCCCAGAGAACGUCGACGCCCUCCCCUCCUCCAGCCAGCCCCAGGACGUCCUCCCCCAGCCCCCCUCCACCCCGCCCUCUGUCCCCCAGGCGUCGGACCAGCUGGUCCCGGACUCCCUGUCCCCGACCACCAGCAGAGAAAUGGAGUUCCUGUAUCAGGCCAUCCAGCUGAUGAGGGCACAGCAGCCGGAGCAGCUGCAGCAGCUCAUACAGGAACAGCAGAUCCUGGAGGUCCAGUUAGAGUCCAGCCUCAAUUCUGACCCCCCUCCUGCUGCCACCACCACCCCGCCUCUGGACCACGAGGGACCCGCAGAGCACGUCCGGGUCUCGCCCGCCAUGAGAGCGGUGACGGCCACCCUGGAGUCCAUCCACUCCCCGCUGCAGCUGGAACUGAGGCAGGAGGACAGACCCCCGUCUCCCACAGAGGGGGGGUCACAGACGGGGAGCUGGACUUCCAGUAACCCCGACUCCUCUGUGCCCUCACCAAACCCAGCUGCAGAACCUAARAGAGAUGAGACCGAGGGAAAACCAUAUCAACAAGGAGAACCCGCAAGUCUGACAGCAGCUGAGCAGGACAGGUCCAGAGCUGAGGACAGGUCCAGAGACGAGGACAGGUCCAGAGACGAGGACAGGUCCAGAGACCAGCAGGUGGACCAGGAGCAGCCAGGAGUCCCACAGAGCAGCACAGCCGUCGUCAGGAUCCCAGUGGUGGACCGCAAACAAAACCUGAACCCGGCCCYGGCUUUCCAAGCUGUAAACCAGCCCCAUCCGCGCGGGGUGGGCCUGCUGCACCCUCCCCACAUGGCCCCGCUCCACAACCAGCGGUUCCACCCGGGCCCCCUGCUGGGGCCGAUCGGACCCCUGAGAGGCAUCAGAAACAUCAUGGGGCCCACCCAUCUCUGGCCCGGAGGGAUCCCCCCCGCCGGCGCCCCCCUGCUCUGGGGCUACCAGCAGACCGGUGUGGACUUCCUGAGAGGAUUCUACGGUCCAGCUGGUCCGGGCGGUCCCGCCUACAGAGGAGCCCGACCAGGAGGAGGUUUUAGCAGGAUGUAGGGACCCCCCCUCCCCUCCCCCGCUGCUGCUCAGGUAAACAAACAGAACUCUCACCUGAGCACAGAGGGAAAACUAAAACCUGAAACUGUCCGGUUCGUUAAUUAACGAGAUCCUGGUUCUGAUCCGGAGGUUCUUUCAGGAAACAGGAGCAGAGACAAAUUAAAUAACAUAAAAUAAAUAAAACAAGCACACAUGAAGAAAGCAUUAACGUCACUGAGGUUCUGCUCCGUGGUGCUGCUGUUGUUGUUUUUUUUUUUAAUUAACCGUCACUUUGUGAACGAGCUGCUGAAGUUUCUUCUUUAACACGAACAAUCGGAGCAGAACAAGCUGUCAGCAGAGCUCCAGUUUUCCUUCAGAUCAGUUUUUAUUUGUUAGUUCUGUUUAUGUGAAGAACCAUCACAAAGUGUGGAUGUGUUUAACUGGUCCCCAGUUSUCAUUUAACUCAAAUACUGAAGACUAACCAGAAAAUGACUCAAUAAUCCAUCUUUUAUGUUGAUGAUCAGCUGAUUGUUUUUAAUAUUUGAUGCCGCAGAGCAACACCGGCUCAACCUCUCUUUUUUUUAAAGGUUUCAGCAGAUUAGUGAGCGACUGAGACGAUCCAACAUGUAUGAAAUAAAAAACUGCAGGUAUUUAACCUGAUUUAAUACCUGUUCAGCUCUUUUAAAGUGGAUUUACCUGUUAUAGAAACUUUCAUCCCUAAAAUUUAACAUUUCAAACUCUCUUUUAUAAACUUACUGUUACGGUUAAAAUCACCAGUUUAAUGCAGGUUCUAAUAGCGCCAGCAGCUAGCUGUAGCACUUCCUGUCCCAGUAUCUCUGCCAAAGAAUGUUCUGCAGCAGGUAAGAUAGUAACUGUUGGUAAUCUUUCAGAAUCCUACUUUAAAAGAUCUGAACGCAUCAGAAGAUGUGGUUCUGAUGAGGUCAGGACCUGCUCGGACCCGAGACUUGAGCUCCAGGGUUUCUGGGUCAAACCGCCACAUUUCUGCUUCUCCUGACUGACAAACAUAAAAAUAUAUAUAUAAUUUUUGUUUCACUCCACAGAGUCGUACAAGAGAUGAAACAAAAGAUGAAACCUGAGCCGCUCGUUUGUAGAAAGUAAAACUGUAAAAUAAUCUGAUGGACGCCGUCUCUCAGGGACACCUGUAAAAAGUCCUCCUGUGUCCUGAAAGUUCGGUUCUGCUGUUUGUGUUCAGUCGUGUAGAAAAACUGCAAUGAACCGGUUUUUAACUUAUAUACAUUUUUAUGUUUUUUUUUUGUUUGUUUUUUUACAUCAGCGUUUUGUAAUAAAAUGACUCUAAAAAAC